UGCGGCUGCAUAUAAAUUGUAUCUUUUAUGAACCAAAAUACAGAGCAAAAGAUUGAUGCAACCAAUCGAAAAAUCCGAAGACGAGAUACAAGGCGUCGGCAAAAAAAUGUUUUGCAUCGGAGUGACACUACUCCUGAGAAACAGAAGGAAUCAAAGGAAGUAGGCCUACAGUCUCCUACACCUGUUGUCGUCAAUCAUCAUUAUUACGUCAAUAGUCCUGUUACGUAUGGAAUCAGUGUCGGAAACAAGUUUAAUUAUGACUUGCCGGCGAAAUUUUACGUAAUUAAAGAAGGAAAGAGGGACGAAGAAGAGACAAGGAAACUGCAGGAAAAUAUUAAAAAAAUGCUGAAAGAAAAUGAGCCUGGAAUGACGUCGUUGAAAGACAUCUUACGGGAAUGUGAUGCAGAGACGACAUUUGUAGGGGAUGGAUGCGUGAGGGUAGUUUGGCGGUUUACAAGUCUUGAAGGUCUUAAGAAGUUCUGGAAGAUGUUCUCCACCGGGAAACUGAAACAGCGUCUCCAGGAAGAUUUACCGAUCGAAAAGGUGACAAUAUCAGAACGUGACUUCAAGAAUGGCUGUAAGUUCUUUGCAAGGUCUGGAAAGAUCAAUGAAAAAGGAUUUUACUCUGUGGGACUCCUUGAUGAUCACCUGAACUUUUUAGAAAAGGCGGCAAGUGAAUAUGUUCGACAGCGUACGUCCACAGUACAGAUGCUUCGUGGUUUGGCUCGUGAUUACACACAGUCUAAAGUACAGAAAAGACUAGCUGAGGUGGCACUUGUAUUUUUCGCUGUCAUGGUUGCUAUCCUGGUGACCAUUGCCAUCUUGAACUUCAUGCGUUCCGACAGCAGCAAUGUCAUUACUCUCACCAUAUUGAAUACCACUGUGGUACAUGUGGUUUCACGUUGUGAAGAAGAUUUCCAGGAUGUCCAGUCGAUCCUCGCUUACGCAUUGGGAGCAAUCAUCGUGAUUCUUAUUGGUGUUGCCAUGUUGAUCAAGACAUGUUCACCGGGAAAUGAUAAAGUUAAUGAUGGUGUUGUCACGGUUUCUCAGUCUGCCAAAUCAAACGUGGCUUCAUCGUUUAGCUUAACGAGGCUACUCAAGGUAAAUGUCUUCUCAUGCGCCGCAGUGGAUGCUGGGUCUGUCUUCUCUGGUGUAGCAGCGCUCAUCUGUUUCAUUGUUGCUAUCUUCUGCGGCAUCAUCUCAAUUUAUAACUAUAUAAUGAUUGCAACGCAGUGGCACAGAGACAUUGACGCUUGCUUACAGCUUCAAAGCGCAUUUUUUAGUUUAAAAGUGGUUGUUGCAUUGAUACAACGUAAGUGGAUGGAUAUUGCUGGGAUAAGAGUGGGAAGAGGCAUUGAAGCCGUUCUGGAGAGCGUGGAGCAGACGGAGAUUUUGAAGUUGUCAGAAAUGGAGGCAUCGCACUCAGAAUCAAUGACGGGCGCGGGCCCGAGUGUUAGGUCAGAUAUGAGGAGUUCCGAUGCUUUGUUCAGCGUCAUUCAGGUCCCCUGUACUCUACAGAAACAGAUCUUUUCCGCCGAAAACUACAAGAAAAUCCCGUCUCAAUAUGGCAGUAAGUUUGUCAAUGAAUUUGCCGACAUAAUCGAUUGCCCUUCGGAGGAGGAAAUGAAACACAAAACUGACCAAAUUAGAUUUGCUCUUGGUCGCAAGUAGGUGGGUUGUACGUUCUAGGGCCUAGUACUCAUGACGCUAAUCCAAGAUGGUCGGCUGAAAAUGCAGCAUCAAUAAGGAGCAAUUGAAACCAAUGAAUAAACAAAACCAUUGAAAGAAAAUUCGAUCUAUAAAAAAAAAUUAUAUUCCUAUCCAAAAACUACA